UAGGCCCCUGUUGCUGAAGCAUCGAUGCCAAAUACUCGAUAUAUCGAAAGAAAAGUAUCGAUACCCGCGCCAUUGAUAAAGUAUCGCACAUUCCUAGAUUUUUUUUCUCGUGCGGUUCGAUUGUGGCUUGGCUUUCUCGUAGCGGUGUAUUAAGUGUUCUGCUUUGGACAUUCAAAAUAUCUUGAAAAUUAGGAACAAGAAACAUUUGCAUCAAGUAUUGAUUUUCCAUUGAAGGAACUUGACCGGCAUUAUGGCGACCAAAGAUAUAAAAUCUUUCUUUUACGAGUGGUGUCAAAAGAAUAACUUAUCUCCGGCAUUUGAAGUAAGACCUACGGGUCCCAAGCAGCGACAGCGUUUCUUGUGCGAAGUGCGUGUACCUUCGAUUUCUUACGUGGGCGCCGGCAAUUCCACAAACAAAAAAGACUCGGAACGUAAUGCGGCUAAAGAUUUUCUGAACUAUUUAGUCCGAGUUGGCAAAAUCGCUGCCUCGGAGGUUCCAACUGAUUGUGAUGCACCACCCGCAGCGGGACCGGGUGACGCUCCUGCUUCGGGAGGACCACCGUCGCUGAUGGCUCUAAACCCGGCCAAUGUAUUUCAAGGCGGCCUUGGUCCGUCCGAUCUUGGCCAGGCCUAUAGGCCGUACGUACGGGAGGGGAAUGAAUACGUUCCUACAAAGGAGGAACUGGCCGAGCAGGCAGCUAAUAUGGAAUCUGCUGAAUCGCUAGAUGUAAAUGCAGGCAUCCAUGGUAAUUGGACGAUUGAAAACGCCAAGGCUAAGUUAAAUCACUGGUUACAGCUGAAUAAGUUAAACCCGGAGUACAAAUACACCGCUGUUGGACCGGAUCAUGCCAGGAGUUUUAUGGCUGAGAUGACAAUUUUUGUGAAACAGUUGCGUCGAUCAAUCACAGGACGAGAGUCUGGUUCGAACAAGCAAUCGGCAAGUAAAUCUUGUGCGCUUUCGCUGGUUCGACAGUUGUUCCAUUUGGGUGUUAUUGAAGCCUACAGUGGUAACAUCAAAUCUGCCAAAAGCCAAGAACAGAUGAAACCUUUCCCAGUACGAAUCUCACCCAGCUUGGAACAACGUAUUGAGGAAUGCUUGCGGGAUAUUGAAAUUGUACCCGUCCAGAUGUACAAGAAUGAUAGCAACGAACCAAUCAGUCUGUUGCACUCGACAGACGAUGUUCAUUUUAAACCACAGACUAUUAAUUUGAAGCAAACAGCAUCGGUUAUUCCGUGGUCUCCACCACAGCCGAAUUGGAAUCCAUGGGUGGCCUGUAACAUUGAUGAGGGAUACCUGGCCACUGCGACUUUGGAUCAACUGAGUAACGAUUUGUUGAGUGCCUCUCGGGAACGUAUUCAACAAGAUCAGGAACUUCAAGAACGUAUGCGAGAGAGAGAACGGCUUCCAAUUGCGAAGGUACGAGGUCAGAUUAUGGAAGCGAUUAACGAGAAUCCGGUGGUGCUCAUUCGUGGUAAUACUGGUUGCGGUAAAACGACUCAGAUUGCACAGUACAUUCUGGAGGAUUACAUAAAUUCGGGUCAAGGUGCCCUUUGCAACAUCUGCGUCACGCAACCUAGACGUAUUAGCGCCAUUAGUGUGUCAGAGCGUAUUGCCAACGAGCGUUGUGAGAAUGUGGGAGAAGCAGUCGGAUAUUCGGUGCGUUUCGAAUCUUCUCUACCCCGUCCCUUUGGAUCGAUUAUGUUCUGUACUAUAGGAGUACUGCUGAGGAAGUUGGAAGCCGGUUUGCGCGGUGUUUCGCAUGUAAUUGUAGAUGAAAUUCACGAAAGAGAUGUAAACAGCGAUUUCAUUCUGGUAGUUCUUCGUGAUAUGUUGCAUACUUAUCCGGAUCUUCGAGUGAUUCUUAUGUCUGCCACCAUCGAUACAACUCUGUUCUCAGAAUAUUUUGGUAACUGCCCUUGCAUUGAGGUUGAAGGAAGUGCAUUCCCUGUAGAGCAAUUCUUUCUGGAGGAUUGCAUUCAAAUGUUGAACUUUGUUCCUCCGGCUGAUAACAAGAAACGUAAACGUGGUGGCAAAGAUGAUGACGAUGAGGCUGGCGAAGGAGACGCAACGCUAAAACUUACCGGUGAAACUGACACAUCUAAUUUGAACCAAGUCAUCGACGAAAGACGUUACUCUAUCCAGACUAAGAACGCUAUGGCACGGAUGUCCGAAUCUGAGGUUUCAUUCGAAUUGAUUGAAGGAUUGCUUAAUUAUAUUGAAAACCAAAACGUUCCCGGUGCUGUGUUGGUAUUUUUACCCGGUUGGAAUUUGAUAUUCGCUCUAAUGAAAUAUCUUCAAUCGAAACCACAGUUCAGUGGUUCUAAAUGUAUAAUCCUACCGUUGCACUCUCAGCUUCCAAGGGAAGAUCAGCGAAAAGUGUUUGCCCAUUAUGGGGACACGCGAAAGGUAAUUUUAGCGACAAACAUAGCCGAAACAUCAAUUACGAUUGAUGAUAUUGUGUAUGUAAUCGAUGUGUGCAAGGCCAGAAUGAAGCUGUUUACAUCACACAACAACAUGACCAGCUAUGCCACUGUUUGGGCAGCUCGGACCAACCUGGAACAGAGGAAAGGUCGUGCUGGUCGCGUUCGACCGGGAAAGUGUUUCACUCUUUGCUCGCGGGCUCGGUUUGAGAAAUUGGAUGAACACAUGACUCCGGAAAUGUUCCGUACUCCGCUGCAUGAGCUGGCCCUCAGUAUCAAGUUACUUCGACUUGGUUCAAUUGGACAGUUUCUGUCGAAAGCCAUUGAACCACCGCCACUGGAUGCGGUCAUCGAGGCAGAAGUAAUGCUGAAAGAAAUGAAGUGCUUAGAUGCCGCCGAAGAGUUGACGCCGUUUGGUAGAAUAUUGGCCCGUUUGCCGAUUGAACCAAAGCUGGGCAAAAUGAUGAUACUGAGUACUCUGUUCGGGGUUUGCGAUCCCAUUGCAACACUAGCUGCUUUUUCUGGUACCUUUUCGGAAAUUUUCCAGCUCGACGUUGGACAACGUCGGUUGAUGACUCACCAAAAGGCACUCAGUGGAAAACGGAACUCAGAUUACGUUGCAUUGCUGACAGCAUAUAGAAUGUGGAGUGAAAAACGUCGUCGAGGCGAGGAGGCAGAAAUCCAGUUUUGCGAGUGGAAAGGUCUACAGCUUCCUACUCUUCGCGUCAUUUCCGAAGCGAAGCGGCAACUGCUGGAAUUAUUGUCCCAAGCAGGAUUCCCAGAAGAGACGAUGGUCGAGAUGGGCUUUAGUCAAGACGACGAUGAUCCACGUUUGGAUAUGGUUCUGUCGCUGCUCUGUGUCGGUUUGUAUCCGAAUGUUUGCGCUCACAAGGAGAAACGUAAAGUUCUGACUACGGAAUCGAAGGCUGCCCUGAUCCAUAAGACUUCGGUAAACUGUAGCAAUCUGCAGGUGACAUUUUCACAUCCAUUCUUUGUGUUCGGGGAGAAAAUUCGUACCAGAACCGUUGCUUGCAAAUCCAUGUCAAUGGUGGCUCCGAUUCAUUUGCUGCUGUUCGGUUGCAAAAAGGUCGAAUGGGUCGAUAAUGUAGUUCGUCUCGAUAACUGGAUCAAUUACGAUAUGAGCCCACGUCAGGCUGCUUUGAUAGUAACGCUGCGGCCGGUUUUGCAGGAUCUUAUAAUAAGAAUAUCGGAGAGUCCCGAGGAUGCCAAUCAGUUGGAAGAUAAAUAUCUAAAUCUUCUGGAAGUCGUGAAGGAUUUGUGUGUCUUUGACGCCGGGGAUUUCGAAAUCAAGCGCGACACAGGUUUGUCACCGCUCGAUCAAGCCCGAGCCAACUCUAAGUUCCCGCGAACGGAUAAUGGUGGGGGAAGUCGCUUCGGAGGUGGACGUGGUGGUGGUUUCAACAGUGGUGGUAACGGUAACGGUGGAGGCAGCGGCGGUGGCUUUGGACGGGGGGGUUACGGUGGAAAUCGCGGGGGAGGCGGCGGUUACGGUGGUAGAGGUGGCUACAGUGGUGGCGGCGGUGGUGGUUUUGGCGGUGGUGGUUUUGGCGGUGGACGUGGAGGAGAACGACGUUGGUAAGAGAAACAGUUUAUUCUUUAUUGACUUACAAUGACACAUAGUAACUUAUUGGAUACAAGUAUCCAAAAUUUAAUUCGAAACUAUGUUGUAAUGAUUGCAACUAUUGACAAAGUAAUAAAUUAACUAUCUGAUGAGUCAGAAA